AAUCCUCUACUUGUUGUCGGACUCGGCGAGAGAGGCAGAUCGUCCACUGAAGCCCAAGGGCGAAGUUAUUCUUCUUCUUCUUCUUCUUCGCCGUUGUACGGACACUCAUUCAAUCUCUGUCUCUCUCUUCGGCUCCAGUGCUAUAAGAAAUGCCUUUCAGAGGGGUGAUAGAGGUGGAACCUCCGAGCCCACUCAGAUACAUAAUCGGAGCGGUGAUCAUGAUGAUCGGAGUUGUAUUACCCGUCGGAUAUAUGAUGUUCCGUAACAAGCGUGUUCCAAGUUCCUCUGCUUACUCCAAACAGACGUAGGAACAAAGUUUUGAUAUAGAAAGUAUAGAGAAAAUAGGAGCUUUUGGGAUUUGGGUUCUUUCUGGGUCAUUUUAAGCCAUUUGACAAAGAUGGAAAGCACAAGAUGAAGAGGGAUCUAUCAAAGUAACAACAAAAAAUGUAAAUUGUCAUUCAUACUUCGAUUUGUUUGUCAUUCCUGGAAAUUUUAAUUCAAUUUUUAUAAGAAUAUGAUUGUGCUUGUGCCUGGAUUCUGACUUUA